GAUUUUGUUCGACGUAGCUAAUUGUCUUGUCACGCUCCCACCUGACGUGAGCUGCCAGCCGCAGCCAUGAACAGGAAGAGGAAGAGGAAGAAGAAAGCAACCCUUUCCUUCUUCCUUGCUUGCUCUGCUAUAUCACAAGAGCAACCCUUCUUCUUCUUCUCUUGCAUCUCAUCUCUUCUUCUUGUUCUUCUUCUACCCUAUUGAUCUGUAAGCAAUCAAGCAGCGGCUCAACUCAUAAUACUCACUCAUCACUGGCACGCACGCAUAUAUAGGAGCACAGCAGGAGGAAGGAACAAGAACAAGUCCACCUCCGCCGGCGCCGCUCUUCUUCCUCCCGUUGCUGUAUGUAUGUAGGAAAGGACAUGAGAAUGAGAAUGAGAAUGAGAAUGAGAUGAGAGCAUCCAUCCAUCAUCAUCAUCAUCGUACCACCUAAGCAUCGCUAGCAUGGCAGCCCAUGCCCAUGUGGCGGCCACCAACCACCUUCAGCCAACAACUCACCCAUGCCAGCCCCACCCCAACGCUGCUCCAAGCUUCACAACAAACUCAGCAGCAGCCGGCCUCAGGUUCGCCGAGAUCACGCUGCCCAAUGGCGACGUCUACUCCGGCACGCUGUCGUCACAGCAGGCGCCCGAGGGCACGGGCCGGUACGUCUGGGCCGGCGGCAGCUGCUGCGUCUAUGAGGGCGGGUGGAGGAGGGGCACGAGGCACGGCCAUGGCAGAACCCUCUGGCCCUCCGGUGCCGUCUACGAGGGCGAGUACUCCGCCGGAUUCAUGGACGGCCAGGGGACCUACGUCGCCGGCCCCUCCACCACCUCCUCCUCUUGGUCUUCGUCAUCAUCCUCCUACAAGGGGCAGUGGAAGAUGGACCGCAAGCACGGCCACGGGCUCCAGACAUACCCCAACGGGGACACCUUCGAGGGCUCCUGGGUGCAGGGCCAGAUGGACGGCCAUGGCAGGUACACUUGGGCCAACGGCAACACCUACGUCGGCGCCAUGAGGAACGGCGCCAUGUCCGGGAAAGGCGUGCUCACAUGGAGCGCCACAGGGGACUCGUUUCAGGGGAACUGGCUCGACGGCGCCAUGCACGGGUACGGGCUCUACACCUGGGAGGACGGCGGGUGCUACCUCGGGACAUGGACCAGGGGGCUCAAGGACGGGAAGGGAACCUUCUACCCUGAACGCGGCAGGGUUCCCGCCGCUCACCAGCUCUACAUCGACGAUCUCAGGAACAGGGGCGUGCUGCCUGAUGACAUCUCAAGAAAUGCCCUUCAGCGGUGCUCCCCAUCUUCCUUUGACAUAAAUCAGGAGCCUGCUGCUGCACCAGCGAGCCCAAAGUUGUCCAUGAGAAACCGGAGCUUCGAGCGGCCUCCGGUGAAGAAGCCGUCCCUGCAGAGGCGCUGGAGCAUCGGAGUGGCCAUCGACAAGAUCAUCGGCGGUCAUGAGCCGGGUGGUAGUGCAGGUUCUGAGGAAACACAAACACAGGGCUGUGAUGAAAACCCAGCUGGUCCUGGUCCUGGUCCUAGCCUCCCGAUACUCGAGAGGGAGUACGCGCAGGGCGUUCUGAUCAGCGAGGUCGUGCUGAACAAGAGCUCGUCCAAGAAGCUGAGUCGCCGGCAGAGCAGGGCGGCCAAGGAUGUCAAAAGGCCCGGGGAGAUGAUAAUCAAAGGGCACAGGAGCUAUGACCUGAUGCUCUGCCUGCAGCUUGGAAUCAGGUACACGGUUGGAAAGAUUACGCCGAUUCAGAGGCGUGAAGUUCAAGCCUCUGAUUUCGGCCCCAAGGCUAGUUUCUGGAUGAACUUCCCCACAAAAGGAACACGGCUUACUCCUGCGCACCGCGCUGUCGAUUUUAAGUGGAAGGACUACUGUCCAGUGGUCUUCAGAAAUUUGAGAGAGAUGUUCAAGAUUGACACCGCGGAUUACAUGGUCUCCAUUUCUGGAAGUGAUGCACUUAGGGAGCUGUCUUCUCCUGGAAAGAGUGGAAGUAUGUUUUUCUUAUCGCAAGAUGACCGCUUCAUGAUCAAGACUCUUCGGAAAUCCGAAGUGCAGGUUCUUUUGCGUAUGCUUCGAGACUAUUAUCGCCAUGUCCACACUUAUGACAACACACUCGUGACUAAAUUUUUCGGCCUCCACCGAGUGAAACCUUCCAGCGGUCAAAAGUUCAGAUUCGUUGUGAUGGGCAACAUGUUCUGCACAGAACUUAGAAUCCAUCGAAGAUUUGAUCUGAAAGGUUCAUCUCUGGGCCGUUCUACUGACAAAGUUAAAAUCGACGAGAACACGACGCUGAAAGACUUGGAUCUGAACUAUUCAUUCUAUCUCGAGCCUUCCUGGCGGGAUGCUUUGCUCAAGCAGAUUGAGAUCGACAGCGAAUUUCUAAAGCAUCAGGGCAUAAUGGACUACAGCUUGCUUCUUGGUUUCCAUUACCGGGCUCGUCAAAGCCUUCUAAGAGGAGGGUCAUUGCCUGAAAGUAUUUUGCAAGAUAAUAAACUAGCCGUUCUUUCGGAACAAGAUGCCAUGGAGGAUGAUUCCGCCUAUAACUAUCGCGAAGGGCUAGUUUUGGUGCAGCGAGGCAGCGGCCAAGAUGGUAAAGUCGCUGUCGGCCCUCACAUAAGAGGGAGCCGCCUGCGGUCGUCGUCUGCUUGUUACGAAGAAGUGGAUCUCCUGCUUCCAGGCACAGCAAGGCUUCAGAUCCAGCUAGGGGUGAACAUGCCAGCGAGAGCAGAGAAAGAAGAAGAAAAACAGGAAGAUGACGGCAAAUCACUCCGGCAGGUGUACGACGUGGUGCUCUACAUAGGGAUCAUCGACAUACUGCAGGAGUACAGCAUGAGGAAGAAGGUGGAGCAUGCCUACAAGUCCGUCAAGUACAACCCCCAGUCGAUAUCCGUCGUCGAGCCCCGGUUCUACUCGGAGCGCUUCCUCAAGUUCAUCCGCACCGUCUUCCCAGAAAACUCGCCCAACCAAUAAUUCAUUCGUCUUUUCUUCCUUCUCCCCAGCAAGAAAAAAUGUAACAGAAAGAUGCAAGGAAAUGUGUUGUGCUUGCUACAUUGCUGUGCAUGUGUGUGGUUUGAGAUGGUUGGAAGUGAAAGCAGUGUGUGUAUUUUGUCAAAAAGCAGCAUUGACAAAACUAGUCAGCAGCAGUGAGUGCUCCAUUAUGCCAUGCAUGGAUGUGGUUGGAUUUUCUGCCAUGUUGAGAUGACCAACCACCCCACUAUACUACUACGCAUCACAUAUACAUGUGAUACGUGUCUGCUAUCCAAACCCAUCCAUACAUCUGUCAUCUCCUACUGGCUCUUUUUUGUUGUGAUGAACAGGAGCUUAGCUAGUGGUGUUAAUUAGGUGAGAUGAUGACAUGCACCGAUGAUUCAUCUCUUGUAUCAAUCGUGUCAAAUGCAAAUGGAAGUGACCGCUCGUCGCCUCACCUAUAAAUUGUAUCGAUGUCAGAUCUCAAGCCGAUCACAACACCAAUACAUAGUCACAAUGGCCACCACCAGCAAGCAGACUCUACCUCUUGCUGCUCUCUUGAUCCUGCUCACCGGCACCAACCUCAUUGCCGCCGCAAGAGCCCCGGCAGCUGUUACCGGGUUUGGCCCGGGAGGAGGCGGCUACGGUGGUGGUGGAGGUGGAGGAGAAGGCGGUGGAAACGCGGGUCAUGGUUAUGGAUACGGUUCAGGGUAUGGAGCCGGUCAUGGCUAUGGCGGCAGCAUUGGUGGUGGUGGCGGCGGUGGCCAUGGGGGUGGCGGUGGUGGAGGUAGCGGCGACAUGGGAUCAGGAUACGGCUCCGGUUAUGGCAGCGGUUAUGGCUCCGGUUAUGGUGCUGGCGGUCAAGGUGGUGGGGGAGGUAGUGGAGGAGGAGGCGGUGGUGGAUCCGGCUAUGGCAGUGGCGGUGGCUAUGGGUCUGGGUAUGGGGAAGGCUAUGGGUCAGGUGGUGGCAUGAACGGUGGCGGUGGAGGAGGCGGCGGUGGAGGAGGAGGUGGUGGCGGCGGCAGUGGUGGUUUUGGGCAUGGAAGCGGCGGAGGCUAUGGCUAUGGCAGUGGAGGUGGAGGUGGCUAUGGCGGCGAGCAUGGCCACUGAGCAUCACCUAUAGCAGUUGUUAUCACUGUUUAUAAACAGAAAUUAAGCUGGUAACAGAGAGUAAUAAACAUGGUUGGUGACUACGCUUGUGUAGAUCAGCCAUCCUGACAUGCAUGUUAAAGAUUGUUGCCACCAUACUGUUAUACGUAUACUGUAUUGAUAAGAUGGAAUAAAGCUUAUUCAGUUUGAAUUGUGAUUUCUA